CCACCAUCACAAGUUCGAUUUGUAUUGAAUGUGAUUCAGAGCUGGGGGGAAAGAAGAUGGCUAUGGCGUUAAGCAUCGCUUGCAGUCAUGGCCCUGUCAGUAUUGGUUGCAGGGCUGUGAUGGGCGUGCCAUACUCGAAUCGUGUGAAGAGUAAGAUUCGGUGUUCUUCUUCAGACAUUGAAAAAGAGAGAAGGAAUCAGCCCCAGAAGAGAUGCCUGAGGUGCAACAAUUUCUAUGUGGAUGCCCAUAAUUCUACCACCGCUUGCUCUUUUCACGGCCACACCACCGGGGAGAAAGGGUUGUUUGCAUUGGCUCCGCCGCACCAAGGCGUGGAUGGGGAGUGGAGUGACCUAUCUGGAGUAAUCGUGUACCGCUGGAAUGAGAAGAGCGACAGACCAAACACAGGGAGGGCCAAUUGGAAGAGGAGAUGGAGCUGCUGCGCGGAGUAUGACGAGAAUGCUCCCCCUUGUCGACGAGGACAGCAUGUUUCCUAUGACGAUGGCUUCACUUUGUACUAGCCAAACGCCUGUCUCCUAUCAAUCCUAACUGCUGCUUUGCCCCCAUUGUUACAUAGAAGCAGCGGUAGCCAUC